AUGACCCAACGAGACAUUCCAUUCCACAUCAUCGCCGGCUCCGUCGAUCUCGAGAGCAGGAAGACCCCGACCGAAAAAGCGGCCGAGGAAGUGCAGGUUGUCAGAUAUCCCAAAUAUGAGAGGCAGAUAAGAUUCAGGGCAACACAGAAAAUGUCAAUAAAACAUUUCUCCGACAUAGCACGGUAUCUCGACCAGUGUGGCAUGACGUUAUAUGUUAUCAAUUGCGGCUAUCACACCGACAAAAGGGAGUGGCAAGUUCUUAUUAUCUUUGGAAAGGAGGGCUUCACCGACGAGGCGUGCCAGCCUAUUCGGAAUGAGGUCCUGUCCAGGUUUGUGGACGGAAGCCCAGAGAUCGACUUGCCCGUUAAGGGACCAGGCGACUUUCCCAAGAGACUGAUAUUGCCUUGGAUUGGCGCCGACAAGUUCACGAACAUGACAAAGUUGGCAUCGUGGGAAGGGCAGCCAUAUCUGUACUUCAAGGAUGGCGAGAAGGAUGCCCACGAAUUCCGCGAGUUUGGGCAACGUGUAUGCGAAGUGAUCCAGUUCGGCAGUGUCGUCAAGUACUUUUUCAAGUUGUUCCCCCCGGAGCGGACAUUCCGGCAGGAUUUGACAUUGGAGCGUGCCCUGGAGAAGAUCAAACUUCCCAGCUUGAACGAGCGGACGGAAACACAGAAUAUAAAAUGGGACGAGACAAUGGCGGAGGCCCAAAAGAUGCUUGAUCAACUCGAUAGGAACCGCGAGGAACGCAAGGCUCGCAGCAGCCUGUUUUACCAAUAA